AUGGCUGAAAAAAUUAUUCCUGUGGUGAAGGCUGAUGAAGAAGAAGAGGAGGAAUUAGUGGACCCUCAGCAGGCGUUAAGGGAUGAAUGUAGCCAAAAGCAGGAGGCUCAAAGCUACUGGGCGAAAUACCAAGAAUGCAAUAAUCGUGUGAAUUCACGAUCAAACACCGCCGAAACUUGUGAAGAGGAACUCAUAGAUUAUGUUCAUGUCCUUGACAAGUGUGUCAACAAAGACCUCUUCAAGCGGCUUAAGUAG